AUGUCGGCGUACUAUGGCGAGAACGCGAACUACCAGAUCCCGCAGGAGCCGCCUCCCUCGGUUAUGUACGCAAUGCAGUCUGGAAGGACCACUGGUGCGGCACGGCUGGUGUGGGCCGAGAUUCAGCGUUUGACGGACGAGGGGGUCACAAUCCCAAGCAAGGGCGAUGCCGCCAGCAACAAGCUCGAGUACCUGACCACACAGAUGAAAGUGUAUGAUAGCAUCAUAGCAAUCUUCUCCACCCGAGACUUCCUGAUCUCGUCGAUGGCGGCCAAAAUGGACGAUGCGCAGGUCGUAGUAUCCGACAACUAUUACCAGGAGAUGACACAGACUUUGCAAGUCAUGGAGAACGGCUUCCGACGCGUCGUUGGUCUUCCAGAGAGUUGGUAUGUUAACCAGUACAAGAAGGCGAUGGAGUUCGUCAUGCGCCAUCGAAUAAAGAUCGCUGGCCUAGGAUUCGCUGUGGCUGGCGGGGCGGCUGGUGCUUGCCAGCUGGUUUACGUGCAGUACAAGAUGUGCGUCUUCGCAGGGCUUACCGGAGCGUGCGCCAGUGCCAGCGUGAUUGCUGGCGGAAUCCUUGCGGCGGUCGUAUACUUGAUUGGCACCUUGGUGGUCAACGCGUUGCUCAGCGGUGGAGUGGAGGAUGCCGCGACCGCGGCCGAGAAGGAGAAGCGGAAUGCCCUGAACCGAAUGGUCAAGGAGCUCAAGGGCAUGUCUCCGGCAGAGACCCUUCAGCAGCUCAAGCAGCUCCGCAUUGCUUGCAAUGAGAUCUUCUGCAGGCCCGCGUGCGAGCCAGACGAACGUUGCCUCAUCUGCAGCAUGGAGUUCGAGACUGAUCCAGAAGCGCCAGGUGAAGAGCCUGUGCGUGCAAUCAGGUGCACAGGCCGCCACUUCAUGCACGAAAGGUGCCGCGCUGAAUGGGUCGGCGAAUCGGGGAGAAUGGAGUGCCCAACUUGUGGUGUGUAG